AUUAAACCUCAACCCCAAACUCAACGAUAAGAAAAAUCCCAUUUCCAACCUCUUGUAUUGCUAUAAUAUAAUAUAAUACAUCCCUCUCACCACUCUCAGCGGCAUUCGUUCAUUCAUUUCCACAAACACAAAAGAGAAAGAAAGAGAUAAUGGCAUCAGCUACUGCUUCCCACACUUUGUGCGGCAUUCCCACCACAUCAUCAUCCUCUACCACCAACAAGUCUACCACCUAUUCCUCUGCUCGCUUCCUCCUUAAAACUCCUCUCCGCCGCCUCGGUUUCGCCGGCGCUGUCGCUGAUCCUCUCUUCACCAACCACGUCGCGACCAAGCUCCGAUCUCUCAAGGCCUCCUCCAACCCUGUUAGGGCCGUUGUCUCCAUGGCCAAGAAGAGCGUUGGAGACCUUAGCUCUUCCGAUUUGAAGGGCAAGAAAGUCUUCGUCAGGGCUGAUUUGAAUGUCCCACUUGAUGAUUCACAGAACAUUACUGAUGACACUAGGAUUAGAGCUGCCAUCCCUACCAUCAAACACUUGAUUGCCAAUGGGGCUAAAGUUAUUCUCUCCAGUCACUUGGGAAGGCCAAAGGGAGUCACUCCUAAAUACAGCUUAGCACCCCUUGUCCCCAGGCUAUCUGAACUACUUGGAAUCCAGGUUGUAAAGGCUGAUGAUUGCAUUGGUCCAGAAGUUGACAAGUUGGUUGAUUCACUUCCAGAGGGCGGUGUUCUUCUUCUUGAGAAUGUAAGAUUCUACAAAGAGGAAGAGAAGAAUGAACCUGAGUUUGCAAAGAAACUUGCAUCAUUGGCAGAUCUUUAUGUGAAUGAUGCCUUUGGUACAGCUCAUAGAGCUCAUGCCUCUACAGAGGGAGUUACUAAAUUUUUGAAGCCUUCUGUUGCUGGUUUCCUUUUACAAAAGGAAUUGGACUAUUUAGUUGGUGCAGUUUCAACUCCAAAGAGGCCAUUUGCUGCUAUUGUGGGUGGUUCAAAGGUUUCAUCCAAGAUUGGAGUGAUUGAAUCACUUCUGGAGAAAUGUGAUAUAUUGCUUUUGGGUGGAGGAAUGAUCUUUACCUUCUACAAGGCUCAGGGUCUUUCAGUUGGUUCCUCCUUGGUUGAGGAAGACAAACUAGAGCUUGCAACAUCACUCCUGGAAAAGGCCAAGGCAAAAGGAGUCAGUCUCUUGUUACCAUCUGAUGUUGUGAUUGCAGAUAAAUUUGCUCCUGAUGCAAACAGCAAGAUUGUGCCGGCAUCUGCUAUCCCAGAUGGUUGGAUGGGGUUAGACAUUGGACCAGACUCUAUCAAGACUUUCAACGAUGCUUUGGAUACCACAAAAACAGUGAUCUGGAAUGGACCUAUGGGGGUGUUUGAAUUUGACAAGUUUGCUACUGGAACGGAGGCAAUUGCAAAGAAGCUAGCAGACCUAAGUGGGAAAGGAGUGACCACUAUCAUUGGAGGUGGAGACUCUGUUGCAGCGGUUGAGAAAGUUGGAGUGGCUAGCGUGAUGAGCCAUAUAUCCACUGGUGGUGGUGCCAGUUUGGAGUUACUUGAAGGAAAGGUGCUCCCUGGUGUCAUAGCUCUAGAUGAAGCUGACGCCCCUGUUGCAGUGUAAAACAAUUUGUACUAAAUUCUUUUUUCGGUCAACUUAACUUAAUCAGCCAGUUGGGGAACAUUGAGUUGUUAAUGUUGUAGAUUUUCCAGGUGAUAUAAGGUCCUUCUUUCCCCAGCUAUUUUAUCUGUCUGAAUAAAGGGCGUGUGUGUAUGUAUAGACAGCGACAACUUUGGUUCAACUUGUUUAGAUGUAACAAGUGCACUUGACACCUCCUGCUCAUGACAUAUUUGUUGUGCACUUGGACAUGAAUUUUGAUGAAAAGAAAAAUUAAAAA